AUGGCCAAGUCUCGAGCUGCCCCACUUAAACCUAUAACAAUUCUUCGACUAGAGCUCACUGCUGUACAGGUAUCUGCCAAGAUUAGUGACUUUCUACAGAAGGAGCUAGAAUACAACAAGAUGAAUGUAUUCUACUGGAUGGACAACAAAGUUAUCUUGGAGUAUAUUGCGAAUGACGCCCGUCGUUUUCAUGUAUUUGUCUCCAACCAAGUUCAGCAAAUCCGUGAUUUAACUUCACCGAGUCAGUGGGGAAACAUGGAUACAAAGUUCAACCCAGCUGACUUCGCCUCUUGUGGGAUGAGCGUGGAAGACGUCAUCUCAACAACUGAAUGGUGGAAUGGUCCCAAAUAUUUAUGGGAACCUAUUGACUUUGACCAAGGAUAUAUCGACGAUGAUACUGCUGCUCUGUCACCUGAUGACCCGGAAACAAAGAAGAUAUCAUCCUUUGCAGUGCAAGCACAUGAACCCCGUGUCUUGAGAUUUAUCAUUUUUGCAUGA